AUGGCAACCGACUGGGUAUGCGCUGCCAUUCCAUUCAUCAUAGUUGCUGGACUACAGAUGUCGCGUCGCAAGAAAGUAUCCGUCAUCUGCAUUCUGGGCCUUGGAAUAUUCGCAAGCGUUGCGACGUGCGUCCGCAUGCCGUAUUUGAAGUAUUACGACACUGAAAAGUACCCGACUGAGAUAGCAUUCGUCAACAUCACAUCGAACAUUGAGUGCGGCCUUGGUAUAAUUGGGUGUUCCCUUCCACCUCUGCGCAAGCUGUUCAAGUUCUACUACGGUUCUUCACAAGACGGCAAUUACAAAUAUCCCGAAGAGAGCGAGAACGUUCUCGGAGGCUCUGGCCCGGGUAUCAAAUUGAGUUCGAUGAGCGGGCACAACCAGGGCUACCACGCGUCGGCUAAACGUACUAACUCGGUUGCCCCGGGGAUGGAGGUGGAUGACGACGACUCGAGUCGUAAGGGUAUCAUGCGGAAGACCGAGGUUCACGUUAGCUCAUCCUCCUUCCGUGCCUGA